UCGAAAAAAGGUCAGACAAUCGAUAGUCCAAGUAAUAAGCCCCCAAAAUCCAUAAAAAAGGAAAAUAUCGAGUCCUUGGUUACCACAACAGAAUGAGUGUGCCCCAGCCACUGGGUUCAUCCUCAAUCCCCUGUUACUUCUGCACGGAAUCAUUCGAGGAGAGUCUCCUCCAGGAGCAUCUCUUUCUCUGUGGGUCAGUUCUUCAGGAGUGCACCAAGAAAUGUGGUGCCUAUUUUCCAAGAAGAUCCCUGAGACAUCACGAGAAAUAUUGCACCAGGAUCCAUCAUCCGGAGUACAGUAGUCUUCCUCGUAAUUAUCGAAUGGCCUCUGACGACUCGAAGUACCACGAGAAACUCCUCUCUUUGCUGAAUGUCCUGAGAGCAACUCUGAGGGAAGCUGAGUCCGAAAGACAACACAUAAUGACGGAUACGUCUCUCGUAAAGACAAGACUCGCCAACAUGGAGAGCAUCUCCAAAUCCAUUCAAGCAGACCUCUCCACCGAGGCCAACACUUCCAGAAGAGCUCUAUCAUUUCUCGAUAAAAGAAUAAAUACUCUUGAUGAUGAUUUGCGUCAGGUUGAGGGUCGAACUCGUGUGAGUUUCGACGCCGUGACUCAUCGCCUGGACGUUGUGCAAGGAGCACUGGUGAAGCAGAGGAACAAACAGUUGGAGAUGCUGUCAAACUGCGAGAUGGAGAUCAAAGACCUCAAAAAAUUUGUCGCUAGAGAGAGUGUCUUAAUCGGUGAUGUGUGGGAUGAGCACAAGAUCAAAAUGAAUGAUUUGAAAUUGGAGCUGGAGAUGAGGUGCAAAGCUAGUGAGGAAUUGGCUGGACAGCACGAGAUUCUGUCCGAGAAGCUCGAGACACUUGUGGAGAUAAUCGGCAAGCAGGAGGGAAUGAUAAAGUGUCUGAAGGAUCAGGUAAUGGACGUCGUCAAGUGCGUUGAGGAUAUCUUCAUCAAAGACGAGAGGGACUCCAGAUACUCAACCAUCUCCGAGUGGCCUUCAUCUAAUGGCGUCUCCAAGGGCAGACUAUUGUGGCGAAUUGACAAGUACAAGGAGAAGAUGACAGCUGCCAAAGAGAGUGACGCUGUCAUCUUCAGUCCAGUGUUUUUUGAUAGAGAGUAUGGAUAUGCACUCAGGAUGAAGCUUUAUUUGAAUGGAAGGGACAGGUGGAGGGAUCGCAAUGUAAUUGGAUGUCUACAAGUGGUGGAGGGACCUUGGGAUCCCCUUCUCGAUUGGCCCUGCGUUCUCAGGGCCAGUGUCACUCUCAGGGAUCAGGAUAAUCCUGCAAAUAGUGUCAGGAAAAUCGUGAAGACCAGGGCCACUUCCAGAGAGGGUGAGGGACAUGUGGCAGACUCAGUUAUCGAUAUGUUUAUCCCUCAUACUGUACUCACCAGAUACGACGGGUACACCAGGAAUAAUGCCCUUUUUCUCGAUAUUCAAGUUACGGAGAUCAGGGAGAGCCUUUCGACGUCUUCAUUAAUUGCUUAAUUACUUUCUGGAUUUUUUAAAUUGUGUAU